CCAAUGGGAGUCGAGCCGCUGGAUUCAAACGGUGCGGGGCGCGGAAGGGGGCAGUUAGUGCGCGAGGCGUCCGUGAGGGAGUCACCUGAGGCCGCUGCUCGUCCCGCUGCUCGUCCCGCUGCUCCAGCCUGCGCUGCCGCCCGCCAUGGCCCACAAGCAGAUCUACUAUUCCGAUAAGUACUCUGAUGAGCAGUACGAGUACCGACAUGUGAUGCUGCCACGAGAACUUUCAAAACAGGUGCCAAAAUCUCAUCUGAUGUCUGAAGAAGAGUGGAGACGACUUGGUGUUCAGCAGAGUCUUGGCUGGGUUCACUAUAUGAUCCAUGAGCCAGAACCACAUAUUCUGCUCUUCAGAAGACCGCUUCCAAAGGAUGAGCAGAAAUAAGCCUUGGCCUUUUGAAUCUUCUGGAACUAUGUAUAGGAAUGUAUAUAUGUUGGAUAUAUUCAGUGAAUACUUUAAAUUUACAAAACAUACAUCCGAACCUGUGCAUGAGCUGUAUUAUUCACAGCAACAAAGCUCAGUCAAAUGCAAUUCCAAGCAGGCUGCUAUGACGUUCAAAGAGUGAUGAGUUUAUCUUUUAAUGUUAAUGUAAGUGCCUCUCUGACUUAAAUUUUGUUUGUGCUGCAUGUUCUAAUUAGCUCAUCACUUGUUAGUGUUCUGUAACUUUUGCACUCAAGUUUUCUGCUGUAGUCUAGUAUGUUCAAAUCCAGUAGUUCAACUGUUUAGUAGUAAGUAGGCUUAAGAAAUAAACUUCUUAAAUGUGUUAUGAAA